UUGAGCUAUGGAAGAAUAAAAAAAAAUGUUUCAGAUAAUUACCACUGUCUGCAGGGCUUAUGACAACUGACAAGACUGAUUUUUCUGUUUGUUUGUGUGCUUUUGUUUGAGGGAGAAAGAUAGGAUUGCGCUGUUGAAGCAGAUAAAAGUUCCAUGAUUAAAUUGGUCCAGGAAUGUUUGCACUUUAGAUAUUACAUUUAAGUUGCAUUAUGUGGGAUAAUGGCUUUGUCACCAUGUUGGAUUUCAUUAAAUCCUUGACACGUUCUUUCCUUUUACUGAGUAUUCACUUCCAGGAUCAAACACACUAUUUAGCAGGUGUUGGGUUUUUUAGAUAACUACUCAGUCAUCGUUGAACUGUUAAUGACUAUUAUGUUGUUCAAGUGCGUGUGCAUUUGUAUGAGCGUUGGACAUGCUCAUGGUUUGACGAAUCAUUGAAUCUAUAUAUGUUUUACAUUAUAACAUAUCAGUAUGACCCGUAGAUCCUGAAGAUUCUUAAAUCACCUUCAAAAUGUGGAUGAUUUUGCAGGAUUGGGGCUAUUUUCUUGGAUUUUUCUGAUGCUGAAAUUGUACUGGAACUGUACUACAGGAGUCACGGUACACGUAUAAGAACAGAUGAGCUUUACAUAGUGAGGUGUCUGUAUUGUACAUGUACAUGUACAAGACAUGCACGUGGCUGGUGUUAAUGUGUGAGAUGUAGAACCAGUGUGCUUUGCUGCUUAUCUGUUAUAUCCAUGUACAUGCAUGUUGGUAAACAUGUACCGGUACCCAGGUACUUGUAGGCGCCUGUAGGUCUUCAAGCAUAGUCUCUGAUUCAGAGAAUGUUUAGGAGUUACAUGUAUGUGUUCAAUAUGUAUAUGUUUGUGCUUUAAUUAACCCUAACACUCCUCAGUCCUCCAGCAGGUGAAGGAUUGAGGAGGGUAAAGGUUAAGGACUCUGUGGCACGCAUGGCUUUGUACACGGUACCAGGACUUCUUGAGAUUGUACGUUUUUAUGAGAUACAUGUACAUGUAAUUAUUAGAAUGGACUGAAAGCCACAUGUUGCAAGCAGCUGUGUUUCUUGGAACAUCUCGACUUGUCCUGCUGCAGCGUUAACAACGCAUGUACAGGUACGCACGUUUGUAGUUAAUAGCUACAUUGUAGCAUAUACAUGUAUCUUGAGGCACAUGGAUCUUGGACAAGAUCAUCAGAUUAUCCCAGACCAGCUGUACCCUACAACCAAGAAAUCAAUAUUACCUCCACGGUUAUAGACCUUGUGACUACACCCUUUAUCCUGAGGGCAUUUGAUAUGACCUGCUAAGCCCUUGAAGACAGAUUAAUUGGCUGUUUGUUAUACUGUAACCCUGUUUAAUGCAUUGUUUUCAGUAGGGUGGGUGCUGACACAUGCACAUGUAUUUGUGUACACCAGUCAUGGAUUUAACUGUGUAGAAAGGACAAGUUGGCUUUGUGUGUGGUGGUAACACAGUUCAAAAUUUUAAUACCUUUCAACAUUCUGAGACUUAGUUUUUGUAUGAACGGUUGCAUUCCAUGGCCCUUUGACACCCUCUACAUGUAAUGAUAAUGGUAUAGUAUCGAAUAUUUAUAACGCACCGGUAUCCGCCUCGAGAGACGCUCGUGCACUGGUACAUGUACAUUGUUCCUGGCUUACAGUGUAAUUUUUGAGCUUAACAAUGAUUGAGUUGCUGGAUACUGGAUCAUAUCCAUUUGUGUCAAAUUAAAAUUGUUCACUAGGCUUAUCUUUCCAGGCUAUUUGUAAAGCAGGAAUAAUUUCACAGCUACCAAUGAAAAGCCAACCCAUUAUGCCUGCCCAACCCCCCCAGAGGGCUUGAAUUGGCUUAUGAAAUGAUAGCAGUUUGGGCAUGGACACGUUUUUGUGGAGGUUUUGUUUUCAAACUGAGACCUGGAAGACACGGUUCGCUUCCCAGUGGCGUGUAGUGUGAAUAGUCUCCCUCAGUUGAAGAGCUAGACUUUUCUCUUAAGUCAAUAGUGUUUGAGAGUAAAACACACACAGUACGCUGCACACAUUGUAAUCACGCCUCACCCACUACUGUGUCUAUCAAUUGGUCAGGCUAGGGGAGCAUCUAUAGCGGUCUAUUUUUUAUUUCAUGGUGCAGUGCAAAAAAAAAGCCACAUGUGUCAGCCUAAUUCUGGAAAGUGUUAUGUGGAUUGAGACCAAAGCAAAUUUAUUUUCAUUUAUGUAACUGUACCAUUGGAAAGCUGCAUUCUCUGGUGCUGUGUGUGUAUUUUUUGGCUACUUGAACUGCGUGCGAGUGGGAUACCAGAAUACAGUAUGUUUGCAAAUGUGCACACAGUUUUCUGGGAGGAAAAUCUGGAAAUGCCCAAGUACAUGUGAUUUUUUAUUUCCCGUACUUUGAAAUUGAAAUACCGAUCGAGGAACAUUUGCAGCAGUGAACAUGUGCAACGUACAUGCACGUAGAUUUAUUGGUUGAACACAUGGUUCAGUGUCUAUACAUGUACGUAUUGUAUAGGUAGCUACAUGUAUCGCCUUGGGAGGCCAGUAAAGAACUCUGAAGCAUUCAUUAUCUGUACAUGUAUAUGUACAUAUAAUGUUCUCACAUGGCCCCAAUAUUGAAGUGUGACUGUCUUGAAAAUUGAAAAAAAAAAGUUUCCAGUGCACACAAUGUGCAUGUGCGUGUAUGAGGGAGCAGGUAGCCUUCAUUUUUACUUGCCUAUUGUACCAUUACCAAUCUCAUUCUCUGGCAUUGUUUACCAAAUCAAAUGUAUGCAGUUUGUUCAGUAGAAUCCUCGGGGAACAAAAAAAAAUUAAUCAAGAUUAGAGAUUUGGAAGUGAGUUACAUGUGAUAUGUAUCGUAUUUGUCCUUGUCAUGUAAUACCAGAAUCCUAGCACUCUCUUCCCCAAACCCUGAUAACAGCCCUUUCGGAUUCCAGAACAUAAGGAAUUAAAAUAAUGAACACCUUUCCACUGACUCCACAUGAAUAUUUUGUGAAAUGCCAAGUUUCAUAGGAACAACACCAGAGGAUUGCCAAGGGUACUUGAUUGAAUUAGAAGCCUGCCAAAUCUGUAUGCAAUAAAUGGGUGAUCUCAGCAUGUGCACACACACAGUCGUACAAGGAGGGUAAUUUAAUGGAUUGGCAAGCCUUAUUAACUCCAUCACCAGACCGAAACUCGAUGUCAGAAGAUUUGAUCGUGGAUAUCGUUUUGACCAACCAGUAUCACUUAACUGAGGUUGUGAUUUAACAGAACUAAAAUUACUGUGGAGUUUAUGAUCUUUAGUGACCGUAAACAGUGCUAGUUGAUAGCUGAAUGUUUGAUGCAACCGAGACACUCGCUGUUUUAUGAGGGAGGUUGCAUGUGAACAUUUUGUCAGAGAAUGUAAAACUGAUAUCUUGGCUUUAAAACCAACUUUAUCGCCCAAUCAAAAGUUGGGGUUCCUUCUUAUCGAACACACCAUUCCAUAUCCUUAUUUCUCUUAGGAGAGAUAAUAGAAAUCUGCCUAAAGGGUUAAUGAAACUGAGUUGGCAGAAACCAAGUAUGAUAUGGACUACAAUGAGAAAUUACAUGUAAAUACAUGCGGGGUAACCUUUUGGAGUAAUGCAUGAGUGACCAUCAUCAGCUGUGCUGGGUAACACACCUGGAGAUCACUCGUGUCACAUCACAAAGCCGCGGGACUGAAGACGUCACAAGAUUAGUGCCAACCUCUUCUGGAUCGUCAUAGUGCCGGUUCAUGUUCUACGGGUACUCUGGUACAUCCAGCUGCAAAACAAGUUGUGCUCCAAGACAAAAAUCCCCCUCCAGAAUAUUUAUUGCUUCAAACCAUGUCCAAUGAUUGUCCAGCUCUUUUUCUUUGAAUUGCUGCUGAACUGGUUUAAGGAAAUUACUGACUGUUUUGAAAACCCAGUGUGUAAAUGUUGGUCUAGCCAGGGACCGAGGUCGAUACAACACGUGUUAUCCACAGGAACCAUCUGUCUGUUGGAUCCAUCUCGAAUUGUCAUUUCCUGUUGUCACAGUGGAUAGUGAAAUACAGGACGAACCCUAAUGUUGGGGUUCAUUCAUUACGCCAGCUUGUCUUCCUGUUGUUUUACCCUGAUGGUGUCUACAGUAGUGUGAAUCAUAGCGUGGCGAUACACGUGGCAUUUUUCGAGGGUUUCUUGUACCACCAGUUCCCCAGGUCUGUUUUUGAACUGAACUCGAGCUGUUUUACAGGUACAGUGACAAGCCAAGAUUGAAAUUUGACUCGCCAGAGAAAACGGAAGAGUGGCUAGCAUCGAGGGAGAAAACAGACUACACAUAUGCCAGAAGUGCAAGCUAUACUUCCAACGGCUUGUACAGCUACGAGAUUCCCAUUAUGUCUCGGGUGUCCCGCGAUUCUUUUGUUCGAGAUGCCAGCUUGGCAUCCAGACGUCGAGAGCUCCAGCGAGAGGUGUCAGCGAGCCCCAACAGACGCAGUAGCCGACUGGCCAAGAAGUACGGCGUGCAUGAGUCCUCUUAUGAAUCAAGAGUGAACCAGUCGCAGACCCUUUCCUCGCUUCAAGUGAGCCAUAAUGAAAGCCACAGCACCACCAACAUGCAGACAGCUUCUUCCAGCAGUCGCUUUGAGGAGGAUGAAGCCACUUCAAGUGCAGACUCAGUCUGGCCGUCCUCCGCAUCGACCGUGGCGUCAUCAGCAUCGCAGAUGGCAUCGUCGUCCCGUGUGAUGCGAGGGUCGGGCGCAACGGCACGGGGAGGAACGUAUCAGGUUCAGAGGGAGCACUCAAUCAAUCAUAUGUAUGGGCUCGAUGCCAAUGAGGAAAGUGAAAUAUCAGAUACUGAAUCCAGCUCAGCAGUGACUUCAGGCCUGAGGUACAGAACGUCAGGCCGGUGGGGCACCGUUGACCACUCCCACCACACCCAGUCUUCUUCCACCCUGUUCUUCCCCCUGUCCUUCAUCGUCACCGUCGUGACCUCCUUGGUAUCAGUCAUCACCACCGUGACCUACACCUCCUAUACAUUUCUUGCCAGGGCUGUCUACGGCUCGUCCACUGAAACCUCAGCAAGCACUGCAUUGACAAGUUCUGUGUCCUCUAGAAUAGCUUACGCGUGUUCCAACCUGGUACAGCUGACUAGCAUAGCAGUGUAUCGCUGUGUGACAUAUCUCAUGUGUGUAGACGUCUGGUGGCUCAUCUUCACCAAGAGGACAACUUUAGGGCUGCUAGGAGGUUUAGCCUCUUUAUUAGGCCUCGGGUCAGUCAGUCAAGCAGGUAGCGCAGCAGCGGCGGCAGCCAUGACGCCCGUGAUGCUGCGAGAGAAGGAGCGAAAGCGACGAUCCUGCUGCUUGUGUCUCUUUCUGCUGCUGGGAACGCUAGCAUCUUCUUAUUUGUUGUUGGCUGCAGCGCCUUUCUUACUGGCUGCAGUAUCAAGGAAUGAGACAAAGACCGACUCCCCUCUUCACCCUGUGGAGGAACAGCUGGGUCUGCUCCUAGGCAAGAUGGGAAGCACCUCGGAGGCUGAUGGGGAUGGGUCCACGGCUGCCUUCAUUGCUGGCAGUGGCUGCCUGCAGUGCCUUAAACAGGAUGACCUUUUGGCUUUGAUAGGGGCCGUAGUCAAGGGUCAACUGAAGGACCUACAGUCAGAGGUCAUGUCACAGAAACAGCUGAUUUUGAAUAUGCAACAAUUAAGGAUUGAUCAGGAAGUCCAAAUUAAGAAUCUUCAAGACCAGAUUGGCCUCCUGAUGGCUUCACAAGACCGGCCAAAUGACCGCACACUCCUCUACCUCAACACAAUGGAAGGUCAGCUGACCAGAGUCAAGGGUCAGCUACGCAAUCUGCAGCUCAGUCAACUGCAAGGCGAGCGCGACUCAGAGAGGGAUGGGCUGGAGAGAUCAGCGAUCUUUGCGGGACUGAGCAGCGACCUGCAGACUCAUGGCAAGGAGGUGGCAAGUCUGCAGACAGAGCUGGAGAGCUUCCGCGAGCAGCAGGUGCUGGAAAUGAACAAAGCCCAGCAGGAGGGCAAGGAUGCACGCAGGGAACUGCAUUCCCUCCAUGCCACCGUGCUCUCCUGGGAGGAGAGAUUGGCCGUAAAUGUCACCUUCCUGGAAACCAAACUCAAGGGGUUACUCAACGACAUAGAGCAGCUGAAAUCAGAUGAGCGUCAGAGUAACGCCAAGCUGGAACAGCUUGUGGAGCGGGUCAACUCCUUUGAGUUGGGAUUCUCAGAUGUUAAGACUGAGGUCCAUACUUUGAGGUCCAAGUUUGGGGACCUCCUUGCUAAGCAAGAGAAGAUAGAGAAAACAGAGGCCGUAGAUUUAUCACUUCAGCUUCUGAGGAACGAUUUCGCAUCUUCUCGUGAAAAGACUUUGGACUCACUUAAAGAGUUACAGAGCAAAUACCAGACACUCAGUGGUUCGCUCGAUGGAAUGCAGAAAGACAUAAAACAUGUACAUGCAUCACUCGGUGAUCUUGAAAGCCAGCAAGUCGGAACACUGAUAUCCGAAUUCAAGCAGCUGAAUGCUAAACUUGCCAAAUUAGAAUCAGACUUUAAUUCAUUGCAGGCUAACUUCUUGACAUUACAGGGUACUGCAUCCGGAACGGCAGCCACAAAUGGAUUGGAGGGGCUGCGUGUAAGCAUCUCAAAGGCAGAAGAGCAGUUAAAUGUCUUCGCAAUAGACGUUGAUUCACUGAAUUUACAGUUAACACAACUAAGGAAGCAAUUGGAGGACAUAGGAAUGAGGCACGAGGAGCACAGAUCGCAAGCAGGGGCAACUUUUCAAGAUCUUAGGCAUGACAUGGAGAAGCUAAAUGCCAAAUCUGACUUGAUGGUUAAGCAGCUAGCAGAGGAUCUGGGAGCAGGAAGGCUAAGCCAGCCUCUUGAAGGAGACAGGGAUCUCCUCACUGAGGUGAACAGCUUAAAAGAAUCUCUAACAUCAGCCAAAUCCCAGAUCAACUAUUUCGACACCACUCAAAUGCAGAUGACUCGCACGUUCACAAGCAGCAUUUCGGAUCUGCGCAAUAGUGUCAGUGAGGUAAAUCGAGCUAUUGAAGAUCAAAAAGCUGCCGUGGUUGCUCUCAAUUCAACAGUUGUUUACUUGCAACAAGGACAGGACAGGCUUGGGACGUUUGCAACUCGCAAGCAGCUGGAAGACUUGGAGAUUGAAAUGACAAACAUAAAAAUGACAGUCAGUAAACUUGCAGCAGCUCAGAGUGUCUAUGCAUCAACAGGUGACGUUGAGGCUUUGAAGUCACGAAUUAGUGAUGUCAGAUUGCAAAUUGAAACUAUGCAAGCCCAGCUGACUGAGAUGAGCAACACGUACGUGGGUGAGGCUGCAUCGUACACCACCCUUACAGCUGAUCUAGCCAAGAUGCAGGCUACCAUCACGCAGCUCGAGGCAAUACUCUACGAUGCUGAUCACCGACCAAUGAAUCUCUCGCUCCUGGACUCCAGGAUUAGUGCCCUGACCUCGAUGGUCCAAGAUAAUGACAAGAAUCUGGCAGCGUUCCUCGCAGACGGCGCCAUGAGGGAAUCCACCAGCUCAAAUGAGGCUGUUGUCACAUUACAGCGAGAACUAGCUGCAGUCAAAUCGGACACAGAUAGCCUGUUGGGUAUGUUGUAUCUCCAAGGAGCGGAAGGAGAAUCAACAAGUGUUGUGGCUGCAUUACUGGAUCGAGUCACUGCAGUGGAGUCCACUCUGGCGGGGAUGAAGGCUUCAGGGGUUGGAGCUGGCCAGGACAUCAGGUUCCAGAGACUCCAAGGAGACAUCAACAGCCUUAAGGAGGACAUGAUGCGACAAAAUGCUCUGCACAGCGCAGGUGCUGGUCUGGGUGUUCUUGGAGCCAGCAUACAGGAUGAUAUGAAAGAAGCCAAGGCCAACAUUACCAGGCUGCAGGUGGAUGUCUAUAAAUGUUGCAAGAACAAGACAGGGCUACUGGGCUGGUGGAAUUCAGCUUGGUUUGGUGGGAGCCAAGGCUCAUCGACUGGCACUGUCAACCUCAGCACCUCCGGAAACAUGGACGAAGAGGCAGUGAGGCACAUUGUUCUGAGUGCCUUGAACAUGUACAGCGCCGACAAGACUGGCAUGGUGGACUACGCACUGGAGUCAGCUGGAGGGAGUGUUAUCAGCACUCGGUGCUCAGAGACUCACUACUCAAAGACGGCGUUACUCAGCAUAUUUGGUAUUCCGCUCUGGUACAUGGCCAACUCGCCACGCACAGUCAUACAGCCUGAUGUCCAGCCUGGCAACUGUUGGGCCUUUAAGGGUACCCAUGGCUACAUGGUCAUCCAGCUGGCUGGGAUCAUCAAACCCAGUGCCUUCUCCAUGGAGCACAUUCCCAAGUCGCUCUCGCCGACCGGAACAAUAGAGAGUGCGCCCAAGGAAUUCAGUGUCUGGGGUCUGCAAGAUGAGGAAGAUACCGAAGGCGUGCUGCUUGGGGAGUACAUCUAUGACCAAGACGGUUCACCGCUGCAGUUCUUCCCUAUUGAGAAAAGUGAUGUUGAGCCCAUACCGGUCGUGGAGCUCAAAAUCCACAGUAACCAUGGCAACUUGGAAUACACCUGCCUGUACCGCUUCCGAGUGCACGGCACGUUAGAUCGACGAUAGCCAAGCUUGCAAGGCAAUGUAUCCCCUCAAGGUAUGUCAAUUUGUAGUUAACCUCGGGAACACGAAGUGGCAGCCCCGGUGAUGAUUGCUUCUUGGAAAAUCUGCAUCACUGCAGAGUUUUUCAAAGGUAUCUUGUGAAUCAUACGAAGGCAUUUUUUCUCUCUAGAAUUAUGUGUCACUGUGCAGAAUGAAUUUGUGAAACACACUUCUGUUUAAUUACAAACAAAAGGCCAAUAAAAUUGGUUUCGAAUCCUGUAUAUAUGUACAGUAUUACUGAAAUGAAACCUUUUAAAAAUCACUGAAGGUAGAUACGACAGUGACUGUUAAGUGGGAAUGUAAAUAUAUAAAUAGUGAAUGUAAAUAAGUGAAUGCCACGCAUCCAAAUAGUUCUUCCUGAAAGAUUUCCUGAGAGGUAUUUUGAGUAUAUUUUGUAUGUGUGUGGUUUAUAUUCAAGGUGCAUAUAAACUUUGGGCAUUUAUUUAGACGAAACUCAAUUUCUGUACACUGCUUUGUGCAUUUAAGUAGAAAAAAUAAUACCAAAAAGCUAGGAUGAGUUCUGCCGUUAACAUUUGCUAAGAUAUAAGAGAAAAGUAAAGACAAUCCAUAAGACGUGUCGAUGUGUACUGUCUGCACCUGUCAAGAGCAUCAACAUGAUACUAGUGGUCAAUAGCAAGAAGUAGACAAUAGUCGAGACUAUUGAUAGGCACUGGCAUCAGUAUUAGCUAUUACAUAUUUAGAUGGGGUUUAUUUUGUGUCUAGUCACAAGUUGCACCGGUGCUGGUGCGGUGCUUUGCCCUGAGCCCAGGUAUAAUGGCACUUAGUUAAGGUGUAACUUAAGCACAUAACGCAUACAACCACCAUUCCAAGUCAAAUGGAAAAAUAUGGAGAAUUUGCACAAAGCUCGUUAGCACAGAGUCCUUAACCAUAGGACCAUAAGUAAUCAUGUGCAGAGUAAUCCAUAGAGCUUUAUCGUGGGGCAGCCAUCUUAUUUCUUCUACCUAUAAAAGUAAUGUAAGGGUGCACCACUUGAAAUAAAUCCCCAUAUUUCACAAAUAUUUAAAAAACACAACUCUCACAGGUGUUCAGGCUGCACAGAAAAAUGAUGUUCCAGAAGUCCUCU